UUCUGUCAAAUGUUCUUUGCUUGUUCUGAUAUUAUAUAUAUUAAAUUAUUAUUCCUGGAUUAAAGUUUCCAGAAUAGGUAGUGAUUAGAAAUAAAGUAAAGUUUGUGUGGAAAAUAAAGUAUAAAGUAUAAAAAACAUACAUUCUACGAAAUAAAAAUAUAAAAUAAUUAGUACAUCAAUCACAAAGGCGACUAUAUAUAUCUUAAUAAAUUGCAAAGUUCUUAGUAUUAAACACUAUGUUGAAGCCUAAAGCUUUGACUCAAGUUUUAAGUCAAGCGAAUACUGGAGGCGUAGAAAAUACACUGUUACUUAAUCAUCAAGGUGCACUACUAGCUUAUUCAGGCUAUAAUGACAAAGACGCAAGAGUUACUGCUGCGAUCGCAAGUAAUGUGUGGUCAGCUUAUGAAAAACAGGGAUGCAAUGUAUUCAAAGAAGACAAAUUGCAUUUUAUAUUUGUAGACUGUUUAAAUGGCAAAAUAGCUAUAACACAAGUGGCCAGUUUACUAUUAUGUUUAUAUGCUAAAGAAACAGUUGGCUUUGGUAUAUUAAAAGAGAAGAUUAAUGCCUUAGCACAAUAUUUAGAAGGACCUCUCAAGCAGGUUGCAAGUUCAUGAUUAAUGUACAUUAUUAUUGGAAACCUCAGUUGAAAACUUUAAAAUAAUAUAUAGCCAUGGUCUGAAAUUCUAAUAAUUUAUUGGGAAUAAAUUGUUGAUUCGGAAUAAAG